UCACACUAUCUGUACCCCCAUCUGUAACUGACACAACUGUGCCUCCCCGCUCCGAUCUUUUGAGCCUUGAAUAUAUAGGUGAGUGGCGGCCCGUCCAGUCAUGGUGGGUAAUUCGAGCGGGACACAGCUGGACAAUGCAACCCUGUACCUGUUUCAGAGUACAAACACCAGCAACCUCAUUUCUGUCAUCUACAUAUUCGUUACUGCCAUCAACCUUGUGGGAAAUGGUCUCUCCAUGUGGCUCCUCCUGUUCCGUACCUCGCCCAAGACCCCCUCCAUCAUCUUCAUGAUUAAUCUGACCUUCACUGACUUGACCCUUGGAGCUGCUCUGCCCUUUCAGAUAGCCUACCAGCUCCAAGGUUAUAACUGGAAUCUGGGACCUAAUAUGUGCAGUGCACUGACCAUCAUCUUUUACACCAACAUUUACUGUUCCAUUCUGACCAUGAUGGCCAUAGGUAUCGACCGCUACCUGGGCAUAGUCAGGCCCAUGCUGUUCCGAGAGACCAGAGAGCGGAAGUCCAUCGCUGUCAUCAGUUGCCUCCUCAUGUGGGGUUUGGUGCUGGCCGUUUUGAGCCCACUCAUGACCACAGACUUAACCUUUGUCAUUCCUGAACUUGGGAUUACCACAUGUUUUGACAUGCUGAAGAAAGACAUGCUCCCAUCCACGUUGGCCUGGGCUGCCUUCCUCUUCAGUUUGGAGUUCAUUCUCUUCCUCUUCCCCCUUUUUGUCACAACAUUCUGCUACGUCAGUGUCAUACGCAAACUGGCAAGAGAUUGCAAGACGGCACAGAAAAAGAGAGCGAUACGUCUGGCCGUUAUUGUUCUCCUGGUCUUCACCCUUUGCUUUACACCCAACAACAUCCUCUUGCUGAGUCACACUGUGCUGAGACUAUUCUAUAACAAGUCUCUGUACAUGCCCUACAAACUGUCUCUUUGUUUCAGCUGCCUGAACAGCUGCCUCGAUCCCUUCAUUUACUACUUUGCUUCGAAGGAAUUCAGACAAAAGCUGAGAGAGAUGAUAAAUCUGCACAGCCUAAGUAGCAUGGACUCGAUGAAGAUGGAGCAAAAAGAGAUUUUACACACUACACAUACCAAUUUUGAUGGCCGAGAGAGAUAACACAGCGGGCAGUGUUUUAAUGCCACACCGUGAGAAGGAACAGUAAAAGUAGGAGAAAGGUGAGAGGUGUAAAAGAGGAAGUGAGAGAAAAACAAGGCAUUUUACGGUUCUUGUGUGUAUCGAACUCUUACCACAUAUGUCUUGUGUAAAAUAACAUUUUUUUCCUAUAAGCACCAAAACAAAUGGUCUUGAACCACAGCUAUGUUCCUGUCCCCCAAUGUUAAUCUGCCUUCCUCUAUUACCAUGGUUUUGUAAGAAUAAGCAACAUUUGUUUGUGAAUAAGUCUAUAUAUUUUAAACACACCAUAUCAGUUUUACCAGCCACAUACUGUAGCACACAUGUAAAUUACAUUGGCAAUAUUACUUCUUUCUCUAUACAGUGAUCUAGUGUUUUUUUGUUAAGUUUUUCUGGGCACAGGGUGUCAUUUGCUGUACAGACUGUAAAGCCCUUUGAGGCAAAUUGUGUUUGUGAUGUUGGGCUAUGUGAAUAAAAUUGUUUUUUCC